AUGUCUGUCCAGGCAUUCCGCUGGUUAACCCUCAUUUUGGGGGUCACCCUGUGCCUGGGUGUCUUCACCCUAAGCCCCAUACCAGUACCAGGGGAAGAUGAGUGGGAGGAGUUCGGGAGGAUGAUGCGGAACCCUUUGUACCGACUACCCACCACAACCAAACCAUCCAGAUACGAAGUAUCUUUGACACCAUACUUCAAUCAAAUACCAUCACCCAAUAUAGCGCCAUUUAGUUUUGACGGAGAAGUUUCAGUUUAUAUAACAGCUAAUGAACCUGACGUAAAAGAAAUUGUCAUGCAUUGUAAUGAUCUAACUAUUGAAUCGUUGCAAGUAACUUUGAAUAACGUUCAAGUGGAAUUGGCAAAUAAUACUUUCACCUGUGAGAUGCCAUACAGCUUUCUAAGGAUACCUUUGAAGGAUCCGUUACAAGUUAAUCAGGUAUACGUAGUCAAGUCAGUAUUCAAAGGGAACCUUCAACAGAACAUGCGAGGCUUUUACAGAAGUUGGUACAGAGAUGGAGGUGUAAUAAGUUUCAAUGUUUGCAGAUGGAUGGGCACUACACAGUUCCAGCCCGGACACGCUCGCCAAGCAUUCCCUUGUUACGAUGAACCAGGGUUCAAGGCUACCUUCGAUAUCACCAUCAUAAGGGCCGCAGACUUCAGCCCUACGAUAGCUAACAUGCCAAUGAAGAGCAAUAUAACCUUGAAUAAUGGCAGAGUAGCAGAAACGUUCCACACAACUCCGAUUAUGUCUACUUACUUGAUCGCCUUCAUUGUAUCCCAUUAUGAAAGAAUAUCAAGCGGAACCAACUCUGAGCGUCCAUUCGGUAUUUACGCCAGAGAAUCAGCUGGUAGGACCGGGGACUACGCUCUUGAGGUCGGAGAGAAACUCCUCAAUCAGAUGGAAAAGUUUACGGACUUCCCGUACUACACAAUGGCGGAUAAAAUCGAUAUGAAACAAGCUGCGAUUCCCGAUUUUUCCGCUGGCGCUAUGGAGAACUGGGGUCUUUUGACUUACAGAGAGGCCUUGAUUCUCUACGACGCACAAAACGUGAACCACUUCUACAAACAGCGUAUUGCUAACAUUGUGUCUCACGAAAUCACUCAUAUGUGGUUCGGGAAUUUGGUCACGUGCGCGUGGUGGGACAAUCUUUGGCUGAACGAAGGAUUCGCUAGAUUCUACCAAUACUACUUGACGCACAAGGUUGAACCAGACUUCGGCUACGACAUUCGUUUCAUCCCAGAACAAGUACACCAAGCUAUGAUGUCAGAUUCCGUCGACUCUGCCGUCCCCAUGAACAACCCUGCAGUGAACGACCCUUCAAGUGUUUCCGCUCACUUCUCUGUCAUAACCUACGCGAGAGGAGCAUCUAUAUUGAGAAUGACCCAACAUUUCCUUGGCAACGAUACCUAUACCAAAGGCUUACGAAGAUAUCUGAAAGCAAGAGCUUUCGAUGUCGCUGAGCCUCACCAUCUAUUUGAAAACCUUGAGGCGGCUGCACAGGAAGACAACGCACUGGCAGGCUAUGGCGGCAUCACCAUAGACUCGUUCUUUAGAUCCUGGUCAGAUAAAGCAGGUCACCCAGUCCUAAACGUUGAAAUUAACCAAAGAACCGGAGAAAUGCUUGUCAAACAGCAACGAUGGGAGCGAGAUACAGGAGUUUCGCAGUUCUCAAGUCUCUGGGAGAUACCAAUAACAUGGACAAGGGGAGGGGCACCAGACUUUAAAAAUUUAAAACCAUCAGAAGUCAUAACUGGAAGAACUACGUCAAUAAAGAGGGGUACACUGGGCUUGGAGUGGGUAAUCUUCAAUAAACAAGAAUCUGGUUUCUACAAAGUCAACUAUGACCAAACCAACUGGAACCUCAUCACGAGAGCUUUAAGAAGCGAUGAGAGGACAGUUAUCCAUGAAUUGAAUCGAGCACAGAUUGUGGACGAUGUUUUCAAUUUCGCCCGCGCUGGUGUUAUGCGUUACAACAGAGCCUUCAAUAUCCUCUCGUUUUUGGAGAGGGAGGAUGCCUAUGCACCAUGGGAUGCUGCUAGAGCAGGUUUCAAUUUCGCAUUAGGUAGAUUAGCAUCAGAUAGUGAGAAUUUACAAAAACUGCAGGAAGAAAUUAUCAAGUUAAGCACAGCUGUCACCGAUCGUCUCGGCUACGCAGAAAAGGAAGGGGAAAAGUUUAUGGAUGGCUUGCUCCGAAUGAAUAUGCUGAGUUUCCUCUGCAAUGUGGGCCAUGCCCAGUGUGAGGCUGCUGCGAAAGAGAACUUUGCGAAAUGGAGGAAUGGUGGACAUAUCCCUCCCAAUAUGCGACCAUGGGUAUACUGCAGCGGACUUAGACAAGGAACAGCUGAAGACUUUAACUACUUCUGGAGCCGUUACGAACAAGAAGAUGUGGCCAGUGAGACUGUAGUUAUGAUAAACGCAGCAGGAUGCACGAGAGAUCAAGCUAGUCUGGUCAAGUUUCUGGACGCCAUAGUUUAUGUAGACAACGAUAACGACAUUCACAAGUAUGUGAGACCUCAGGACUGGAGUGCUGCAUGGAGUUCAGCGGCAUCAGGAAAUCCAGAAAAUGCCUGGAGAAUUCUUGAAUGGCUUUUAAAUAACAUUGCAAAAGUUCAAGCUGCCAACAACAGUGCUGCAACACCCAUAAGUAACAUCGCUUCGCGGUUACAAACUGAGCAGGAACUUGAAGCGUUUACUAGGUGGCUAGAAGCAAAUCGCGUAGCUCUUGGGUCGGCAUAUAACACUGGUAUAAAUGGUGUCGCCGCAACUAGAAAUAACCACGCCUGGACGAGAAAUCGUGCGGGCGAAUUCGCCAAUUACUUUGAAACUGGUUACGUUGAAGAGGAAAUCAGUGAAGGCGGUAAUGACGGUGGCGACAGUGGCGGUGGUGACAGCGGUGGUGGUGAUUCAGGCGGAGGAGGAGGUGGCAGUCCUGACGGUGCAAGCAUGGCUACAUUCAGCGUUAUUACUCUCAUUGCAACUUUGGUUGCUACCUUAAUAGCAUAA